CAGCAUAUUCCUUCAAUAACCUGUAGCGCUCUCUGAUUUCUCUUCUGCAGGGAUUUAUAUAUGUCUCUGCUGCAGACUGAGCAUUUGUACAGUCGUAUUUUUUUUUUUGAGAGGCUGGUAGAUAUUUAUUCGCUAAGAAACAAUUCAGCAUCAACUAAAGAGAGGAAAGCUCUGGCAUUCGAACAUAUACUCUUUUUGUAGGGUGAUGUGGCUGAUACUGGCUUCUACCAUCUGCUUUCCUAUUGCAGCCUGUUUCUCCAACCUGCAGAGCACAAACCAGCCUUUCUUUCCUUCUGGAUUGUUAAAACCAUUCACAUUUAUUCUGCAUGGCACUGAAUUAUAGUCCGUUUUAAGGAAUCUUUUGUGCUUCUGUGUGUAUUCCUACAGCAGAAAAAGUGCAUGAGAAAGGAGCUUGAGCAGCCAGUAGUAUAGUAGCUGGCUCACCCGUAUGGAUUAGACUCGUGAGGACAAUAACGAUGGGGGCUCGAGCAACUGAAACAACUCGGGAACUGGAAAGCGCCUCUGCAAAGUAUCAAAUAGGAGGACAUGCAGAGAAAAUGUGGCAACGGCUCAAAGGAAUAUUAAGAUGCUUGGUAAAGCAGUUGGAGAAGGGUGACAUUAAUGUGGUGGAUUUAAAAAAGAAUAUUGAAUAUGCAGCUUCUGUCCUGGAGGCGGUUUAUAUUGAUGAAACCAGGAAACUUUUGGACACUGAGGAUGAACUCUCUGACAUCCAGUCGGAUUCGGUCCCGCUGGAAGUGCGGGACUGGUUAGCUUCUACAUUCACGAGAGAGAUGGGAAUAGCGAAGAGGAGACCUGAAGAAAAGCCCAAAUUCCGAAGCAUUGUGCAUGCUGUACAGGCUGGGAUUUUUGUAGAAAGGAUGUACCGAAGAACUUCAAGCAUGGUUGGUUUGGCUUACCCAUCAGAAGUGAUAGUCACAUUUAAGGAUGUUGAUAAAUGGUCUUUUGACGUAUUUGCCCUAAAUGAAGCAAGUGGAGAGCACAGUCUGAAAUUUAUGAUGUAUGAGCUGUUUACCCGAUAUGACCUCUUGAGCCGUUUCAAGAUCCCUGUUCCCAAUCUUAUUUCAUUUGCUGAAGCUCUUGAAGUUGGCUACAGCAAAUACAAAAAUCCAUAUCACAAUUUGAUCCAUGCAGCUGACGUUACUCAAACUGUGCAUUACAUAAUGAUUCACACUGGUAUCAUGCACUGGCUCACAGAACUGGAAAUUUUAGCAAUGAUCUUUGCAGCUGCCGUCCAUGAUUAUGAACAUACUGGGACCACAAACAAUUUUCAUAUUCAGACAAGGUCAGAUGUUGCUAUAUUGUACAAUGAUCGUUCUGUUCUGGAAAAUCAUCAUGUAAGUGCUGCUUAUAGACUCAUGCAAGAAGAAGAGAUGAACAUCCUGGGUAAUUUAAAUAAAGAUGACUGGAGGGAGUUGCGUAGCUUGGUCAUUGAGAUGGUCUUGUCUACAGAUAUGUCGAGUCACUUUCAACAAAUUAAAACGAUGAGACACACUCUACAGCAGACACAGGGGGUAGACAAAGCCAAAGCCAUGUCUUUGAUUCUACAUGCAGCAGACAUAAGCCAUCCAGCAAAAUCCUGGGAACUGCACUACCGGUGGACCAUGGCCCUGAUGGAAGAAUUUUUUCGACAGGGAGACAAGGAAGCUGCUUUAGGUCUUCAGUUUUCCCCACUCUGUGACCGCAAGUCCACUUUGGUCGCUCAGUCCCAAAUAGGUUUCAUUGAUUUCAUUGUAGAACCAACAUUUUCUCUUCUUACGGACUCAAUGGAGAAAAUUGUUAUGCCUCUUAUAGAGGAAGCGUCAAAAUCUGAAAGUCCUGCAUUUGGGACACCCAGCCAAAAUAGUUUGGGAGCAGUAAGCAAUGCUGAAGCACAAAGACGACCUGGUUUUAAAAGCACAGGUGAUGGAGGGACUCAUGCAGAAAAUUCUCUAGCAACUGUAGACCUAAGGAGCUUUAAGGACAACUUGAUGAAGAUCAUUCAAGCAAACAAAGAAAGAUGGAAAGAAUUAGCAGCAGAAGAAGAACUUGUGAAAAAUGUUGGUGAACAGGAAAAAGACCAAAGCAGAAAUUCCACAGAUGCACAGUUACAGGAAGAGACAACAAAGAUACAAAAUGAGAGUAGUCAGGGAAGUGAUGGUACAACCUGUCCUCCCAGAUCCAUCGUCCUACAAGUAGUCUCUUUCGACACUCCUCUGAGUGAUGAAUCCAACUCAGAGAAACGCACUAACUCUGAUCCGAACCAGAAAGAUCUCACCGAUGCCCAGCAAGAAACACAGAAUGCAGACCCACUGAAUGGUGAGCCUAAACACUGUAAGAAGCCAGAAGAUAUGGUAAAAGCCACGGAGCAGAAAGAAGCACUGAUACAAAACUAGAUUUUCUAUUUCCUAAAAGCUUCUGACAUUUCAGGCAGGACAGGAGAAAAGAAGAACUCUAGCUGUUCCUACCUCGUGCUCUCAGAGGCUGUUAUCUGUCAACUUUUUCUUGGAUCAUCCUGUUUCUGUGGAAAGUGAAUGGACAAAUUGUUCAAAAGUGUAAAAUGUAGAACUCUGAGCUGGUAACUCAAGGCAAUUAACAACUUGCAAGAUUUCAAUUGUAUUUGUUGUUACUAUUUCCUCUUCUAUUCUGCUUUCUUAAAUUAGCCAAAAUAAUAUUUUCAGCCAAAGUUGGACCUUGCUUUGUUGCAUCACUAACAUCAAACAUUUCCAGUUAACCGGAAGAUAUGUGAAAACCCAACGUUUAUCAUCUGCCUGGGAUUGCUGUUACAUGUCACUGCUGCUGGCAUCCAAUGAAAAUGGAAAGUCAAAAUGUGUUUCUAAAUACUUGUUCAUGCAAUCAUACUGCAUGCAACAUAAAAGUCCUACUUGUUAGUUUCCUUGAAAUAUCUGGAAAUAAAUGUAUGUAGACUGUACAGAGAAGUUGUAGAAUUACAUUGCCCAGCCGGCAUAGAUGAUGAUUCUUCCCCACUGUGGUGGCUGCCAUAUGGACAGAACCGGUGUUGAACAAAGAAGUAUUUGAAAUAUCUUAGUAUUUUGGAAGAUAUCAGCAAUAGUGCCAGCCCUACCAUGAAGUUGGUGCUUAUUGUUUUGUAGGGUGGAAGAGACAGCGACAGGAAUACAUGAAAAUUGCUUCACUUCAGCAGUGUGUUGCCUCUCAGAAUUGAAAGGUGACACUGACGUCUGAUAUUCUGGUUUAUCUCAAAUGCAAAGUCAACAACAUGCAUCCUGCAAAAUCUUUGCUAGCAUUUGUUUCUUUCUGAGGGGUGGCAAAACCAGAGCACAUGAGCAGUUACCUUUGCAAGAAGCCUCUGAAGGAGCCCAGAAAGAAACUCCAUUUUCAUCUCCUCUUCCCUGAAGCUGCAUGUGAUCCCUCCAGACUUGCCUGGGUGUCCUGUGUGGCUGCAGCCAACCUCAUUUCCCUCUGCUGGAACCUGCCAGGAAACUUCCAGGCUCCCCUUCAAGAUGCAGGCUCUCGGGUGGCUCAGGUUGCUGCUCUUCCAGCUCUCUUUUUCGGACCCUGUGGUUAUUACCUCACUGACCAAAAAGUCUUUAUAAUCAGCCAUGUUCUGCUCUGAAGAGGACUCAUGGGGCAGUGCCACUCCCCUCUGUGCAGAGGGUGAUUGAGCUCUAUGUGUCAUUCAUCUGCUGUUUCAGGGAUCUGAGUAGAGCUCAACAGGCAUCAGGCUCAACCUCAAAAAGGGCACACUUUGCCCUGAUUGAAGAAGGAAUCGUAAAACUAUCACCCUGGACUGAGGGACCCUUACAUGUUCAUACCUGUUGACUGUCUCUUUUCUGACAGCAGAGCAAUCAAAAUUGAGCUGGGAACAGUGUAAGCUCUGAGCCGUGGGAUAAGAGCAUGCCGAAAGGUGGAAUUCCUGUCAUUGAAUAUGUAAGCCAUAUGCGUGCUAUGCAUAAGUAGUAUGCAUAGUUUUAACUUAAGAAAUGUUUGUGCAUAUAGGAUGUAAAAAAUGCAUUUAAAUUGUUUUGUGUAUCUGGUCCAGGACUUGUAUUUAGCAUGGACAAAUUUCUGUACAGUGAAGUUAAUGAAUGAAAUGUUAACAAAUGAAAUUGUAUCAUAUAUGUUAUAACGCAAUCAAUAUUUUUUGCUAAGAGUUAAGAAUUUAUAUAUUCUCUGCUAGUGUUUGAGCAAAUUAUUAGUAACCUGGACCACUCCGUGCACCUUUGCAUCCUUUUUUGGAAUGUUGGACUCCUUUAUUUUCCUUUGUAAUAAAAUGUAAACCAUC